GCUCGCUGGGGGUUUCGGUGAGUCGUGCUCGUGUUGGUCGUUCAUACAAAAUAUUGGAGUGCACGAGCGCAGAGCUAAAGGCUGCUGUGUGCUGGACGUUCCACGCGUUUUUGGAUUAUCACGGAAAGAAAAAUUUCACUGUGACCGUGUACUCCCCGGGAUUCGUCGUGUGCUCCUACCCUUCCGGUUCGCUAUUACCAUCUUGUGUCCUGAUUGAUUAUUCGUGACCCGCGCGUGACGAGUUGCAUUUCUUCGGCAAAACGGUAGUAGUGUGAAAGGUGCGGGAGUAAUUAUACUUAGCGGUUUUAAUUACGCGUGCACGUAAAUAGGGUUGUACACCGUCGUUAGGGAGACUACAUUCGAGGUGCUUAUUAAGUGUGACGUUACAAUUGUAGCUACCAAGCUCGCAGGGAUAGGGAAGAGUUGAAGAAACAGGAAUAAAGGAUAAAGGAAACAUACCUAAUGUUCUUGAAAUGGUGAAAAUUUCUUGACGAACGGAGCACCAAACAAAAAGCAAGUGUUUAUUAUUGAAAAUUCAGUGAAAAAUAUAAAUGCUUCUAUUGAGUUGAAGCUGUGUGCUUUCUAAAGGAUAACAAACGAGAAGAAGUGAAAUUGAUUGAUAUAUGCAUAUGCAAAUUAUUGAAGCAUUACAAUUGAGUGAGGGUAGUGAGUUUCAUUUGUAGUAUUCUGUCUAGCAAGUGACGGGAAAGUGAAGAAAGAGGAAGGCAAUCUAAUCGUAGACGAAAAUGUCCGUUCCGGUGGCAACAGUGAAACAGGAACGGCAUGAUGAAGCUGAGAUUAAUGAAUUGGCAGCAAAAAUGAUGGAAGUACAUAAACAACAGACAGCGAAAGCUGCGUUACAGCAACAACAAAUCGUUAGACCCGGAGUCGGUCAGGUGCCCGCAGUGACGGGUAAUGGUACAGCUGGACAGACGAACAUUUUAAACUAUUUGACCCGAAAACCGGGCCAGGUUGUGCCUCAGUCCAUCGGAGCUACAACAAUAGCUCCGAUUGGCAGUGCACAAACUAAUGGAAGUGCAGCAAAGACUGAAGAUGCAAAUGGGGAGAAGAAAGCAUGCGAUGAAGAGAGUCAGAAAGGUCAUUUUGGCUGGGAAACGUUUCCCGGCAAAAUUUACAUUCCGUAUAUUUUCCGGCAGUCGGAACGUUACUGUGCGGUACGUUUGGUUGAAAUGAAGCUGCUCAAUAAAUACCUAAACUAUCUGCACCAGGACAUCUACAGUUGCACCUGCGUCCGGUCGUACUACAUCACAGAGGCAGAAAGUAAGCUAUUCAAUGAAAUCAAUACCAAACAUUGUGACUUCCAAUUCGGGAGGGAGAUGUUUACAUUGAAGGAUUUGGUGGUACGGCUAUCGGACGCUUACAAAUUCUACCAGUUCCUGGAUGUGUGCUACAAGAAGCUAUUAAUGGGAUGUAGUACACCAAACGACAAAUGUGGCUUUAUCCGUAUCAAUAAAGAAUCUGUAGUUCCUUACACUGUUAGAGAUAACCAAAAAAUGGUACCGUUGUUCUACUUUGAGGGAGAGACUGAUAAUCUUAAGCUAAAAGCCGACUAUUUAUCCGGAUGGGACUUGUCCUAUCUGAAGUUCUGUUGUAAGGUUCAAGGCAUCCGGAACGAACUCUUUGCCAGCGAUUCGGUUGCUGUUAUAAGCUUGACCGAUAUAAAAGGUUACUUUCCACCGGGAACUGAGUUCGAGGACUACUGGCCUAGCAAGGUAGUAGAUUCCCAACUUCUCUCUGGUCCGAAGUCGAAUAAUACUGUUCACUGGACCAGACAGCCGGCACAACCUCCACCCAAACAACCUACCAAUAUGAUGAACACAAUAGCUAAACAACAGCCACAGGUACGGAAAACGGCAAAUAACAUGUAUCAGGCACUACAACAACAGCAACAGCAGAACAUACAGAAAAACAACGCUCAAAUGCCAAACAUCUCAGCAGCUGUACAGGCACUCACGAACAACUGGAACCUAACGAACCAUGCAAAUUUGCUGUCGGCAGCGCAGCAGGAACAGCUGCUGCGAAUAACGCAAGCACAGCAGGCUGCCCAAGCACAGGCGCAAAUCCGAAGUAUGCAAAACAUGCAUCCCAUGCAAUACAAUUCCUACAUGAAUCCGACGAUGUCGAUGUCGUCGAGGUCUUCCCAGAAUCAAGCAGUCCCACCGCCGCUGGUACGGUCGUCUCAAUCACAGGCUGCUCAUAUGUCAAGUGGUUCAUCGUCAGUACGCUCCAACAACAGUAGUACCAAUGCGAUCUCUUACCUCAAUCCUGAACUGUCCAUAUUCGCCACCUCCCGCAGCCCCAAUGGCACCGUCAAUCUGUCGCACCUGAAUCAGUUGCAAAUUAACCAACUCACGGCUACGAAUAGCAACAUCACCAUCACACCAGCUAAUAACAGUUCUAACAGCACUAGUAGCGGUGCAAAAACACCGGCCUACCCUAAGAAUCCGGUCUCGAUAACGGCCGUUCCGGUAGCGUCACCUACACGAGCCUCACCGAAAGGUGCCCAGGCAAAGCAGCCACCACCGGCGUUGAUUCCGGUUGGUUCGGCCGCAAGUAACAACAACAACCACAACAACCACAGAAACAAUAGCAACAAUCUGCUACUAAGUCAAGUUGAGCUUUUUCGUGAAAAGUUGUUCCUCAACAAUGCCACUAGUAUGGCAGCAGUUGCAGCAGCGUAUGGUGCCAUUGUUCCAAAUCCUGCUUCCUUCCAAUCCCCUUCUUCUUCUACCUUUCUGUCCAAUCCUGUAGCGAAUAAAUCUAAUGUAGACAAUACCAGAUAUAAGAGCGUAAUUACUUCACGAGCAGCAAUGGAUGUAAUCGAUCUAUCUUCCCCUCCAAGGUCAAACAUGGCAGGAGCGGCGGCUGCAGUGGCACUGUCCCAGCAACAGCAACAGCAACAGCAGCAGAAACGUUCCAAUGCUGCUGCCGCUAUGACCAACGGUCGUUCCAACACGACAAUCACCUCGACCAGUAACUAUCGCUCGACGGCGGCUGCAAUGCAACAACAGCUGCAGCAGCAACAACAGGCUGCCGUGGUGGCCGCCCAGCAACAAGCUGCCGCCAUGAACGACGGCGGAACGCGACAUGGCAAUGUGAUCAUGCUACCGGAAAUGACCAUGGGUGGCACCCCGUACAAACCGUACGAGGUGGUUAAGAAACCGAUCGAAAACAAAACGAUCUACUGCAUCAACAAGACACCCUAUAGAAACAAUGACUAUCUGAUGACCAUUCAGGAUCUGAAGGACGUGUUUUUCCCAUACAUCAGUCUGGAUGUGUGUCGGAGGGUGCUCAAUGCGUUAGACAUCAAUCUGUUCAUCGGAAAUAGCCUACAAUACCAAGCUCUUCUGGAAGCUGGCCGUGCCAAUGUAGACAAAAUGCCUCUGGUGCAAGUAGUGGACGUGAUGCAGUUCAUGCCCCAGCUGCAGUACAUGGUGCGAGGCCAAAUAGGCCAAGAGACGCCGGCGAACAAGCGGGCACGUAUCAGCUAGGAAUUGGGGUGGGGGGUACAGCAGCAGUGCCCUCAGAGCACAGUAGUAUCCGAUCUGAUAACGAGCAGUAGCAACAUCACCAACAGCAAUAUCCAUUCAAGCAGCGGCGGUGUCAGCGCUUCCUGGAGCCUUACACCUACAUCACCUUCGGCGAGCGGUAAAAAAUCUUCCUCUUCUACAACAUCUGGUUCUAGUGGUUCAGCGGCUAUUGUCAGUAGUAGCAGCAGUAGUAGUGGAUUUUCCUCACCAACAAACCCUCUACAUUUCGACAAGAAAGCUCUCUCUUCUUGCCGAUACCAGCAAGAAAAGGCUGAUUUCUAUCAGGACGCAUCUAGUCGAAUGCUGGCCCAAGCAUCAUCUUCAGCUUAUUCGUUCCAAGAAUCAGCCCUUGCCGCAGCCGCAGCAGCUGCCGCUGCUCAGCAACAGCAACAGCACCAACAACAGCAGCAGCAGCAACAACAACAGCAGCAACAGCAGCAUCAGCAACAGCAACAGCAACAGCAACAGCAGCAACAGCAGCAGCAGCAGCAGCAGCAGCAGCAGCAGCAGCAGCAGCAGCAGCAGCAGCAGCAGCAGCAGCAGCAACAACAACAACAACAGCAACAGCAACAACAGGCUCAACAAGCCGCUGUAGCUGCCGCAGCUGCUCAACAGGCCGCACUGGCCGCCCAACAAUUAACUGCUGCCAGUAGUGCGGCUAUUUUUUCACCACAUUUUGCUCCCGGAUCGUAUGCAACUGGUCCAAUGCAGGUCGGAUCGUAUGACAGCACUGCCGUUUCGGCUGCCCGUUCUUGUGCUCUGCCGUCACCCACCAUUUACCCGCCAACCCCCCCACCCUCAGCACCCUGGAUUCAUCCCUGGUAUAGCGGUGAUACCUUUUAGUCAGUAGCAUCUAGCAGUAUUGAAGCUCCGUUUUUAAUCAUAACCAAAUCCCUUCAAAUAGCUGUUGAAAUAAAAGAUUCCAUAAAAAUAAUGGCUACGUUUCAUAAUUUAGUGUCCAAACGUAGAACGGGAUCUACGAUCCCUAUUUUCAACCAAAAAUUCUGUAGUAUCUGCUACAUUCAGCACAAAGCCGUAGAAUUGCAAUUCUAUCCAAGACAUGAGAAGAACAAAAUCGUAAUUGUAUAACCAAAAAGAAGCUUAGCAUUAGCCAGAUCCACAUGAAAUUGAAAUCUACGUAAAUCAUUGCUCUAACUUCCUAUCUACAGAAGUGAUCCAAAACCUCGAUUUCGAUCGAAGUAAUUUCACAACUACCCUCCCUAACCAUUGUCCCAUAUUUCAUUGUUCUUCAGCAAAGUAAAACGCUAUUCCCACUCAACAUCAUAAAUUGAGAUAUCGAAAACUAAAGUUACUACUAUUUGUAUUUUUUAACUUAUAACUUAAAGCAAGAGAAGAAAACUCACUCACUAUAAGCAUUACUGUAAAAUUAAGAUAAAAAAAAUAAGGACAGCGAAUCCUUAGAAAACAAUUCUCGCAGGAUGAGGAAAAAUUGUUGUAACUUAGUAGAAGCGCAAAGUGAAAAGAACUGAAUAGACUUGAAACGAUUCUCCCUACGGUCGAAAAGAGGGUAGAAGGAAACUUAAUCUGUAAGAAAAAUCGAUGGGAAAGGAAUAAAGUUGUAAGCAAUUCGUUUUAACUUUUUCGUCGUUAUUAGAGAGCGAACUGAUUUUCCUUCGAUGCCAGGCGCUGUCAAAGCGAAUUGCAUUCAGUCUGGAGAAAUUCGCAGUCAAUACUAUCCAAUUCGAUGGAUUAUUUUUUUUUUGUAAUAAGUAGGAAAAAGUAAUAAUAUUGGAUAUUUAGUUAUCACUAGGCAGGUGUGUGUGUAAGUAGAGAGGAACUGUAUAGUGAAUACAAAUCAACGUACGAAUGCGAAAAAGUCCCAGAUAGGUUGUAAGAAAGGAGGCGUGCAAACGAUUUACAUUCUGUUAUAGAGUCAUAACUCUAGCGAUGUUUUAGUUUUUGAUUGAAGAAAAGUAAAUUAUAUGUUUUUAUUUAUUUUUAUAAUUAUACAGGCGAUGUAAUUAUCACCCACUUCUUAGUUGUACGCUACAAGAUGUAUACCCGUUGAGGAAAAGGCUACUUGUUUAUAUUAAAUAUGUCUCACUAUCAAACAAGCAGAAAAAUAAAAAAGAUACGCUAUCAGUGUAACGUCAUUCUUCUGGUAGAAGGAUCUCGUGAAUCAAACUAGAAA